AUGCGCUGCCCGCUGGCCUGCGCCGCGCUCAUGGGACUGCUCCUCGCCAGGACGAUGGCCUGGACUUCGAGCGGGAAGACACACCCGGAGCUGGUCAACAACCUCUACAAAAAAGGGAUAAUUAAAUCCCAGCGAGUCUUCGAUGUGCUGUUGGCCACUGACAGAGGUCACUACAUCAAAUACUUCCCAUACAUGGAUUCUCCCCAGUCUAUCGGAUACAAGGCUACGAUCAGUGCACCACAUAUGCAUGCCCAUGCACUGGAAUUGCUAAAGGAUCAGCUUGUGGAAGGUGCAAAAGCGCUGGAUGUUGGGUCUGGAAGCGGAUACCUUACCGCUUGCUUUGCCCGGAUGAUGGGCCCAACAGGGAAGGCUGUGGGCGUAGAGCACAUCAAAGAGCUGGUACAUGAAUCCGUCAGGAAUGUCCAAGAAGACGAUCCGACUCUGCUCAGCUCUGGCCGUGUGAAGCUUGUGGUUGGAGAUGGCAGGCAGGGAUACCCCGAAGAGGCUCCUUACGAUGCCAUUCACGUUGGGGCAGCCGCAGCCACUGUCCCGAAGGAGCUGCUGAACGAAUUGAAGCCGGGAGGUCGGUUAAUAUUGCCUGUUGGUCCCGAAGGCGCAAACCAAGUUCUGAUGCAGUACGACAAAACCAGCGACGGGCAGAUCAUCGAAACGCAGCUGAUGGGCGUGAUCUACGUUCCUCUGACAGAUAAGGAAAAGCAGUGGCCUCGGUAAAAAUUUGCUCUCCCUUGAGCAACGUUUCUUCCUCACAGCUGUCCCUGUGAGCUUGCUCUGCUUGACUGCUGGCUUUACUGACAGAGCCCUGGAUUCCUGGCAGAUGCUGUUUGU